AUGAACAAGAAACAAUUACCUAGUGAAGUACAUUUCUCAAUAGAUAAUUUAAAAACUGAUGUAGUAGAUAAUCAAAAAACUGUGAGUAAUAAUGAAAUAUGGUAUAAAGAUUUGACAAUAGAUAAUGAAAAAUUUAGUUAUAUGACCGAGGAAUUAAUUGAGUUAUCUUCCGAUGAAAAUCUGCGUAUAAAAUUUAAUGAAACUACAAGUGAUAAAUUUUGGAUUUCUAUAAAAUCAGAAUACCCAGAAUUGUCAAAAAUAGCUGUAUCAACACUUCUACCAUUUGCAACCACUUACUUGUGUGAAAUGGCGUUUUCAGCUCUUACAGUAAUAAAAAACAAAUAUCGGACAAAAUUAAAUGUAGAAUCAGAUCUAAGAGUCGCAGUCUCUAAUAUAAAACCUAAUAUGGAAACAAUCAUUUCAAAAGCUCAAGCUUAA